GAUAUUUAGUUCCUUCCAAUUGCUCGGGUUGUACGGUGGUGAUAAGAGGCGUUCGUAGUGUCAUCGUGGUGUACCUAAUCUCGGUGAAUUCCGUAACGUAGUAGUGCAUCUAUAACUUGCAUCCUCCCCCUGCAUUUACUACACUAUCAACUACACUAUCAGGUACUUAUGCAUGCAUGCAUGUAAGUAAGCCGGCAAGCGUAAUCCGAAUUAUAUUUAGGUAAAUCCCCAUGUCUUACCCGACUCUUCGGGAUAUAAGAUCUUGCUUGACUGUUCUAUUCUUGAUAGCCAAGAAAGAAUUCGACACAUCCUUUAAUAGUUGCACUGCCGACUUUCCAAGAUGCGUCCCGUCAAUUCGGCCGCUGUACUAGGGGUCCUGGGUAUCAUCCGUAAUGCUGCGGCAUGCUCCGGUUGUUCGGGCGAGGUCGUCGAGCACGUCCGACAUGUGAAGCGUAUGCAGCCCGAUGCGAUAAAUGCUACAUACGGACCUACGAGGGCUUUGGAGUGGGGUCAACUAAACUUCCUACAUACCACCGAUACCCACGGAUGGUUAGAGGGUCAUCUUAAAGAAGCCAACUAUGGCGCCGAUUGGGGCGACUUCGUCUCCUUCUCGGCUCGUUUCAAGCAUCAAGCCGGCGACAUGGGUGUUGAUCUACUUCUAGUAGACACCGGUGAUCUACAUGAUGGCGCCGGGUUGAGUGACGCUACUACGCCGGACGGCGAGGUUUCGAUGAAGAUAUUCGACAAGGUCCAGUAUGACCUGCUAACUAUUGGUAACCACGAGUUAUAUCUUGCCGACGUUGCCUACCAGGCUCUGGAUGAGAUAUCGACGUAUUGGGGCGAGAAGUAUCUCACCUCCAAUGUUCAGAUACUCAACCGGCAGACGAAGGAGUGGCAGUAUAUCGGCAACACGCACCGAUACUUCACUACGAAGCAUGGACUUCGAAUCAUGGCCUUUGGCGUGUUAUUCGACUUUACUAGUAACACCAAUGUCUCUAAAGUUAUCCCUGCGAAGACCAUGGUUACACAGAAAUGGUUUCUGGAUGCCCUUCGUUGUCCAGAGCCCGUGGAUAUCUUCAUCGUUCUAGGCCACAACCCUGCCCGACCGACUGAUAAAGCGAGCACUUUUCCUAUCGUCUUUGACGCGAUUCGCGCAGUGCACCCGGAUACCCCUAUUCAGUUUAUAGGAGGCCAUAGUCAUAUUCGGGAUUUUGCUGUCUUUGAUAGUAGUAGCACAGCGCUUGAGUCAGGCCGAUAUUGCGAAACACUCGGUUGGCUCUCCAUGUCAGGAUUCAACGGUAAAAAUAGUGGCCCUGUCGGUGUCCCUAACCCAAUUCGCAAAGCAACGCAGAAUUCUGCUUCUCCGUUCGUAUAUUCCCGUCGCUACCUUGAUUGGAAUCGUCGAACCUUUGAGUACCAUGCUACGACAUUGCAUAAUAAAAACCUUGACUAUCAUGGCGGCUUGGCCGUUACAGAGGAUAUUACGAAGGACAGGAAGCAGCUUAACCUUACCGAUGUGUAUGGGUGUGUUCCUCAGGACUAUUGCAUGACGUGCACACCAUUCAAUGCCUCGGGUAAUAUCUUUCCUCUGCUGUCUGAUGCGUUAGCCGGUGGUGUUGUGAACGAAUCGCGUAAAGAUAUACCACGAUAUAUCAUUGCCAACACGGGAAGCGUUCGGUUCGACAUGUACAAGGGACCUUUCACCUAUGACGACCAGUUCAUCGUGUCGCCAUUCCGUGAUAUUUUCUUGUACAUCCCAGAAGUGCCCUACACCCUGGCCAGAAAUUUAACCGAGUCACUCAACAAUGCUGGUGCCAGUCGGAAGCGUAAUGUUGGUGUUGUGCCUGUUGAACGCGACAUCUGCGUCGACCCUGUCCCUGUUGACUUCACCGAACUUAGGAGCGAAGAGCGUCGUGCGUUCAAUCACGAAUCUCCCAGGAUUACGAGGCGUCAAGUUGUCGAUUUGACCGCCGGCUAUACGACCAAGGAUGACUUCGGCACCGAUGGCGACGACACUGCGCAUUCCGAAAUUCCGCACUGCGAAAUCCCCGAUUUUUUCCAAGGCGUAGCUGGAUUUAGUGACAAUCAAACGGUAGAUGUUGUUGAUGUCGUGUUUGUUGAUUUCAUCGAGAGUGAUCUUCUUGCUAUCCUCGGCUCCAACUAUAGCUCUGGCGAUGUCUCGUACUACAUCGAUGCGAACUUCACGACGCAAGACUACUUGUCGUUGUAUAUCCAGCAGACGAAGGCUUUCCAAGCCGGGCUGCCUAAUUGUGGGUAAUUGAUAAGGAUUACUUCAGCAGUUAACGACGUCUAUCUUAAUACGAUGCUGUUUAAUUGAUACACCUGAAGUAGAAAUGAUGUUGAUUGUGUAAAAUUCUCCAAUACUGGGCAAAACUCGGUAAUUCCCUAAUAUGCCACUGUGUAGUUCCGUAACACCUUCUCGCAGCAUUAAAGGUAGUUGUACUUACCUAACAAGCUACAUGUAAUUAGGGGUAGUAGUUUACCAAAAAUGCAACAUGGUAUACACGCCAUGUACGUCAAUUUCCUUAGCUU